ACCUAACUUAACCUACUGAGCUUAUCUGAUGUGAUCUGGUGUAUCGAUGCCCAAAUUACAGCUAGUUACAGCUUAGUGACAGUCGUUAGUGAAUAACAACUCAAUUUUGAUAAUGCUACCUUCACGAGGAUUGAACUUAUUAAAAGUUGUCUAUAAGACCAGUCAGAGUAAAGUUGCUGCAACAAACUUGCAAUCCACUAGAUUAAGUCAUGAACAUAAAUGGUCAUAUCGUGUAAUUCCACCAGUAGAAAAAAAUUGGUUACAUGUAGCAGAAGCUUUUGGAGGUCUUAUGUGGUGGUGGAUAUUGUGGCAUCUUUGGCAUGAUUAUGGUCACAUUAUCGGAGAAUUUCCAUACCCAGAUAUUUCUAAAUGGACAGACGAAGAAUUAGGUAUACCACCAGAUGAUUAUGAGGAGAAUUAUACAGCAUAAAAUCUUAUAAAAUAGUGCUGCAUAUAUAGAGAAAAAAAAUAUUGUUCUUAUAUAUUCAAGAAUAAAAUUACAACAUUUUAUUGAUUAAACUGAAUAUGUAUAUAUGA